AGAGCCAAAAAUAGACAUGGAAAAUAAUCCCAAAGUUGUGAACUUGCGAGAAAAUAUGUCCACCUUUAGUUGACUUGUUCAGUAGUCCAAAAUAGUCUUCAAUGAUUGUCCCUAUACUCAUAAGAAGACAAACAGAGUCAUUCAUUUAACCACCUUAAUAAAUGCCACUAGAUUUCUUAGUAUUUUUCACAAUUCUUGACUUUAGCACCAAUUUUCAAUUUUCAUGUCUAAAGAUAUGAUAAACUUAAUUGGCUUCUAUCAAGUAUGCCAAUUAAUCAUUCUUUCUUAAACUAACUAGCAAAUCAUAUUUCGAAUCUGUCACCACACACUCAUUCACAAGUAGCUAGAGACACAGCAUAGACAUGGGAACUAUGGCUCCAAACACCAUGGAAGAUCUAAAGACAAAUGGAUUCGAAAACUCUCAGAAAGAGCUUGAUGCUGGAGCUAUGUUUGUCCUCAAGUCAAAAGGAUCAUGGCUUCACUGUGGGUACCACUUGACAACAUCAAUAGUGGCUCCAGUCCUUUUAAGUAUUCCAUUUGCCUUGGGGCUGUUGGGUUGGGUUGGAGGACUCAUUUGCCUGACUUUGGCAGGCCUGGUUACUUUCUAUGCCUACAACCUCUUGUCAUUAGUGCUUGAGCACCAUGCAAACCAAGGACACCGCCAGCUUCGGUUUCGAGACAUGGCUAGAGACAUUUUAGGUCCAAAAUGGGGCAAAUAUUUUGUUGGGCCACUUCAGUUAGGAAUAUGCUUUGGUGCUGUUAUUGCUUGUACUCUUCUUGGAGGGCAGAGCCUUAAGUUCAUUUACUUGUUGUCAAAUCCAAAUGGGGAAAUGAAGCUUUACCAAUUUAUCAUCAUGUUUGGAAGUGUAGUUUUGGUUUUGGCUCAAAUGCCAUCCUUCCACUCCUUAAGGCAUAUCAACCUCAUUUCCCUAAUCCUUUGCCUUGCUUUCAGCGCUUGCGCCGCAGCCGGUUCUGUAAAUAUUGGACAUUCCAAGGAUGCACCUAGAAGAGACUACUCAGUGAAAGGAAGCCAAAAGGACAGAAUUUUUGGAACUUUCAAUGCCAUUUCAAUAAUUGCUACCACUUAUGCAAGUGGAAUAAUUCCUGAAAUUCAGGCAACAAUAGCAGCCCCAGUACAAGGAAAAAUGUUCAAGGGGCUAUGUGUAUGCUACAGUGUGAUAGCAGUAACAUAUUUCAGUGUAGGAGUAUCUGGAUAUUGGGCUUUUGGAAACCAAGCUGAAGGAACAGUUUUAUCCAAUUUCAUGGGAGUUGAUAAUAAGCCUUUGCUUCCCACUUGGUUUCUUGUUAUCACCAAUGUCUUUACUAUUACACAAGUUUUGGCUGUGACUCUGGUAUACUUGCAGCCAACAAAUGAAGUGUUUGAAAACAAGUUUGCAGACCCAAAAAUGGAGCAAUUCUCCACCCGAAACAUAAUUCCAAGGCUGAUAUUCCGGUCACUAUCUGUUAUUGUGGCAACACUUUUUGCGGCCAUGUUACCUUUCUUCGGAGAUUUAAUGGCUUUGUUCGGUGCGUUUGGGUGCAUUCCUUUGGAUUUUAUAUUGCCAAUGAUUUUCUACAAUGUAACAUUUAAGCCCUCAAAGCGUGGCAUGGUAUUUUGGGUAAACUCAGUUAUAGUAGUGGCUUCAUCAGUGUUGGUAGGAAUUGGUGCUAUAGCUUCUCUUAGGCAAAUAGUUAUUGAUGCCAAAACAUAUCGCUUGUUUGCUAACAUGUAGUAAUAACAGAAUAGAUAUUAUUGAAAAGUCAAUUAAGGCAUAGAGGUAAUCAGUGAUAUCACUUUGAAAAGUCAAUUAAAGUUUCCACACGUUUUAGAACAAGACAC